AUGAAUCGGGCCGCUAAAUUGUUGCCGACGACGAUACGCGGUUUUUCUACGAAGGCCGAGGGGAAGAAGACGUGCCUCUACGACCUGCACAAGAAGCACAAGGGCAACCUCGUCAACUUUGCCGGAUAUGAGAUGCCGGUGCAAUACGCCGAUCUGUCGAUUAAAGAUUCGACGAUUCAUACACGGAAGUACGUGUCGAUUUUUGACGUCUCUCACAUGCUGCAGACGCACAUUACCGGAAAGGAUCGAGUUGCCUUCAUCGAAUCCCUGACAACAGCCGAUGUCGAGGGGCUGAAGCCGAACACCGGCACGCUCUCCGUGUUCACGAAUGAGAAGGGCGGCAUCAAGGAUGACCUGAUCGUCACGAAAACGGACCAAGACUUCAUCUACAUGGUCACCAACGCCGGCUGCAUCGACAAAGAUCUGCCGUACUUGCAGGAAAAUGCUGCUGCUUGGCGAUCCAAGGGCAAGGAUGUCCAAAUUACAACAUUAGACGGACGGGGCCUCGUCGCCGUUCAAGGCCCGGAAAUGGCCAAGGUCUUGGACACGGACAUUGACCUCAGCAAGCUGACGUUCAUGAACACCGCUGUCGGCAAGGUGUUCGGCAUCGACGGCUGCCGCGUCACGCGUUGCGGUUAUACGGGCGAAGAUGGUGUUGAGAUCUCCGUCGACCCGGCGCAAGCGGCUACACUGGUAGAACGGCUGUUGGCUGCAAAGGAGAGCCAAGUCCGUCUGGCCGGCCUCGGCGCCAGGGACGCGUUGCGGCUAGAGGCCGGACUUUGCCUGUACGGCAACGACAUUGACGAGAAUACGACUCCGAUUGAAGCGGGGCUGGCUUUUGUUGUUGCCAAAAAGCGACGUGAGACGCUCGGGUUCCCCGGUGCCGAGCACAUCGUCGAGCAGCUCGCCAAGAAGAGCUGGAAGAAGCGACGUGUCGGGCUCGUAGCCGAGGGCGGACGAGCUGCUCGAGGUCAUCUCCCGCUGAACGCCGCCUCCCCGUUUGGGCCGGCGACGGUCGGCUUCGUGACGUCGGGCUGUCCGAGCCCGUGCUUGGGCAAGAAUAUUGCCAUGGGGUACGUCGACACGCCCUACGCGAAGGAGGGUACCGUGCUUGACGUCGACUUCGGGACCAAGCAGACCAAGGUCACCGUCGCCAAGAUGCCGUUCCUGAAGACGAACUACUACACCGGGAAAAAGAAU